AAACAUUGAGGCUUCAUUUGACUGCAAGUUUCUUUGUGUGCCGGGAUCAACAACGACAACAAAGCAGCAACCAAUCAUGUCACGAACACGCAGUAAAUAGUCUUUUCAAAACCCUUGUGUUGAAUCAUGUUCUUGUUUUGACUUAUGAUUUCUUGAAGGUAGACGUGAAUUCUUCGAUGUCCAUCGAUGUUCGUGUCCAAGCCGAACCCAUUCCGACUCCGGCCCCGAAUCCUGCCAAAACUCUGCGUGCGCUGGAGGAACCACCACGGGACAAAACAAUUCCUGCCAUGCCUCCCAAAACGAACCCUGCUGCUCCUUGUCCAAUUAUUUUUUCAAAUCCUUCACGGAUAGUCUCGGGAACGUACUGGUCAGACGAGGCCGUUACCGAUUUCGGUUGCUGCUGUGAUUCCAUUAUUGUUUUACUAUUCCUUCAGAAUGGACUGCAGUAGUUCACUGCGUAUUGUUUUUGCUUGCGAGUGAGUCUUAGACUUUGAGUCCGAUCUACACGAAAGCGAAAGUGUCGGGUAUUUUGUUUAGUUCAACGAAAAGUUGUUUCGCAAAAUUCUGACUUGAAACUGAAUCUUUCGUGUCAAUCGACGGCAAGUGAGUUCUCAUAGACCAUUACUGCAUCACAAACGCACGCACGCACGGACCUUUGCACUUCUCGUUGGAAUAUCCGAAAAAGAAUUUAAAAUUUCUGAAAUGUUGCGUAAAGGUAGUCUUUGACACAAAGGGUAGACGACGUUUCGGAUCUCAAUGCAUGGGAGAGAGCUGAUCUCUUGUUGUGCAUCACAAUGUUGCUGUUGGAUGCAGGAUGUCGAGAGUUUUUUGCUCUACGGUACGACUGUUUUAGUUCUGGCUAUUCGUAAUCGUGUUUGAAAAAAUAGUGAGUCUUGAGUCUCAAUAGAGUGCGGUACUGAACUCGUAGGCAGGGCGGGGUCAUAACCCCUGACAGUAGGACAGAACAGUACGUACUUCGGUACGAGUAAUUCAAAUUGCGCGCAAACUGAAAAUGAGAAGGAUAUUCCGAACACCCAACAAUCUCUGGCCCUAUCGCUUUGGAUCCGGAGAACUGAUCUAUCGAAGGGAGAGCAGCUAAUAGAGAAAUCAACGAAUGUAUGAAUCGGCCCGCUAAGCACCGAAAGGUUUCCGAGGCAAUUGUAUUGCUAUUCUUCGAAGCAACAUUGUUAUUCUUGUCUGGAUCUGCGUUGUCUUUUGCUGAGUACCGAUCACCAAACGGAUCCGUCGUGCUCCAUAAAAUGACGUCUGGUGAUGGCGACCCAGAAGUAGCAGCCGUAGGAGGUUCCGAAAAGGCAGAAGUCGAGCGACAAAAUUCCGCAGUCGUUCCUCUCAUUGAUAUUCCGAUAGUAGAGGACAAAAGCUCCGCGCAUCUUCUGUCACUGGAAACAACGUCGAAGAGUCUAGUCUCGGCACUACGCGACAGUGGAUUUGCGCUCGUUCGAUCGCCUCUCCUCACAAAAGAGCUCCAAUCAGAAGCGCUCAGAGCUGCGAGUCAGUUUCUAGCGAAGGAGACAAAAUCAAAAGUUGCCUCCGAGAAUGGAAGUGCUUCCAAAAACGAAGACGGGAAUGAAACAAAGCCGGGGUCAAUAGAUGUCAUACCGCAUCCUACAGAUCCAAAGGUUUACGCGAUGCUCAGUUCUCAAGCUCAGUAUGAAUUGGUGGAAUCCGAUACGCACGUGAUAAGUGCCUAUAUUUCUGCCUUGAGGUCGAUUAAAAAAGAGGUUCUUCGCCUAAUCGCUAUCGGACUUGGCAUGAACGACGACGUCGACUUUUUUGCAAAACUCCACGACGAAGACAACGAUACUUUGCGCAUCAUAACAUAUUUUCCAACCUUUUCGGAAACUACUGGCAAUAGAUGCAAGGAACAUUCGGAUUAUGGAACAAUCACGUUGCUGUCGACUGACGGUGUUUCUGGUUUGGAGUUGUUGUCGUCCAAAGAAGAAGGAGAAGCAAAAUGGCUACCGGUUCCGUACAUCGAGGGAGCACUCGUAGUGAACGUGGGUUCUUUGCUCGCUGGGUGGACAAAUGGGGCCCUGAAAGCCACUCUGCAUCGCGUGGCUGGGCCGGCAUCCCUGAACAGUGGUAGCGAUAGGCGAGUUCUGAUUGAAGCCACGAAGCAUUCCAGAACGUCCAUUGCAUUCUUCGCGGACCCAAAUGCGAAUGUGCGGGAAUCCUUGGAAACGAACGAAAACAAUCAAAAUUUUAAGGGUGCAUUGGGGGGAAUGUCUGUUGCAGACUAUAUCCGAUGGAGGAGUGGCGGCAAUGGCUUUGAGAGAAGCGGGGUAUCUUUCACACCAGAGGAACGCAAAAUAAUAGCAAAAGGAGAAACGGCUGCUUCAGUAGAGAACUGCAAUAGAUGAAUCUAUUCGGCUCACUUCAGCAUGAAUCCUGAUUCUCGCCAUCGUUUCUGUUUUUAUAUCACUUGAGGAAAUGGAAGUAAUGGCGUAUUCAUGAAAGUGCUGCCCCAAUAGCUAUUGGUCUUCUCAGGGAGACGAAAACAACGAAAAAGGCAAAGAAGCGAUCGUCUUCUGUCGCAGGAGCCAUUAUUUUCGAAGAUAUGCAAUGAUUUUCUUAUUCUAUUUCCCGGUUACGGGAAAACUUAAUUGUGAGGCUACUGCUACUGCUACUGCCAACACCAUCUACAUCCUGAAUAUGGACAAGAAGGGAGCAAAAAGCGAGACUUUGUCCUCCUCAUAAUCAUCUGAAUGAGAUCUCUGGUGUGUAUUGCAUUCUCCAUUAGAGUAUCUGAAGGAGUGAUGAUGCCAAUUUUGAAUAAUUCCUAUGCAGAAAA